AUGUCCGAACAUCACAACGAGGCGCCACCGCCGUCGUAUCCACCGCCCGAAACGCGUCAUCCCGAUGGCGUCGUGCGGCUCCCGAUUGAUUUUCACUCGCGCACGGCCCUCUCGCGCGUGUUCGAAAACACAUGCUGGAAAGCGGAGAGUUUGUUGGCGUUCGCGCCCGCCUCGGAGUCGCAAACGAAGAUGCGCUCGAGCGUGGACGUGGCGCCGUCGUUGGAGAGCAAGGGUGUGAGUCAGGAGGAGUUUGAUGAAUUUUUGCGCGACGUGAAACGCGCGUAUGCCGACGCCGCGCCGGUGAUUUCCACCUUUUGCGCGUUGAUGUCGGUAUUCACGGUGGUUUUGGCGCCGUUUUGUUGCGCAUACCUGUGCUGCUGCAUGGGAAGCGCGACGAAGGCGGAGGAACAGUUGACGCGGCGUUUGGACGCCAUCGCGCAAGAGACGACGACGAAGUGGAGGCGUUUCGGCGUGCGCGUGUCUAUUGAUCACGACGUGGAGUACAAGCGACCAUUUAUAGCCGCCGAGGACGCGCUGAUAGGAUUUCGAUCUUUGCCACUGCGAUCGAGCGCGUGGAAAGGGAGCGUGAUCGUGUUCGCGCCAGACGCGUGA